CUCUGUGUGACGAACUGACAACUCCACAAUAUUAACCGUACCAUCAGUCACUCAGUCAGUGUGUGAUCCAUCCACGAAGAAAAAUGAAGGUGUUGGGCGUAGAAGGUGGUGGGACCAAAACGUCGUGGGCUCUGUUAUUAUUUCCGGACCACUUGGCCGGAAAUGACGUUCGUUGCAACGCUGUGAUCGACGCGGGUGUCGUGGGACCGACGAACAUUUGCUUGCUGUCGGACGAGCAGCUGGCGAUGGAGCUGCAGAAGCUGCCAAGGGCAGAUGAUAUACAAGCAGUCGGAUUGUGCUUGGCUGGCUGCUCAUCCACGUCAGACAAGCACCGCGUGACACGUAUAGCAUCUUCGAUUUGGCCAAAUGCGAAGACAUCUGUCGGCUCUGACCUGGAUUCCCUGUUGGCGACAGCGUUUCCUCAGCCGAACUCCGUCGGCAUCUGCGUCAGUGCUGGCACUGGCACCUGCGUCAUCGCGCGGAACACCACUGGCACCACGAGCUCCACAGGUGGCAAGGGCCACGUUCUGGGCGACCAAGGCUCAGCUUACUGGAUCGCACGCCGGGCUCUGAAGCACGUAGUUCUUUGCGAUCAACAGCACUGUGAUGACGAAUGUUCAAAGUUGUCGGCUGUAGACAAGGCCCUCGACACACGGUUGUCGAACACAGGUCGGCACAAGCUCCGUGCCCUAGCGCCUCUGGAGCAUGCUUCUAAAGUCGUGACCAGGGGAACAGAAAAGUUAGCGCACUUGGCUGCGCAAGCAGCGAAAAGCGUAGGCAUAUUGGGUUCGCAGGUCGGCGAAAACAUCAUCAGCAAUCCCACUGCCAUCACAGUACACAUAACAGGCUCAGUCUUCGCAACACAACCACUGUAUCAGCAGGAAUUCCGCGACAAACUGGCGUUGAUAAUGCCGAAUGCAACCGUCUCAAGCACGCUUCUCGAACGCUCUUCAACGACUAACGGCGCUAUAGGAGCGGCCAUGUUUGCUCUCGGGUCGCAAACCAAUGACCCACUCCCGCUGACGAAGACACAGCGCAGUAACGAGCAGGGACUCGGCGUCAUUGCGCGGGCAGCGACAGAGCAGCGCAACGUGCGGUCCUUGCAUCUCGACAAGAUGUCUCCCCUAGAGAUCGUUCAAACGUUUGUUCGUGAAGAGGCCUAUGUGCAACAAGCGCUUGAGAAAUCCACGCCGGCGAUCGCGAGGGCAUUGGAACUUAUU